AUGUUGAACUUAGCAAACAAUUCAUUUUCUGGUGAAAUACCAAGAAACAUAUCGCGGUGCUCCAAUCUUAAUUAUAUUCAUUUUGGUGAUAACAAUCUGAAUGGAAGCAUUCCAACAGAGUUGAGAUCAUUGAAUAAACUUGAGAAAUUGGUUCUUCUGUCAAACAAAUUAACUGGACAAGUUCCAGCUUAUCUUGGUAAUCAUUCUUCACUCUUGGUAAUUGCACUAGGAGAUAAUCAGUUACAUGGAAAGAUACCUGAUAUUUUUGGUGGACUCAAACAUUUGGUGUUUCUUGAUUUUGCUUUGAAUUAUUUUUCUGGAGAGAUUCCUAUGUCCAUUUUCAACUUGUCAUCAUUGGACACACUUCAGUUAAUUUUUAAUAAACUUGAAGGGGCUCUUCCAUCAGAUGUGGGGUUCAAUAGUUUAAAGUUCUUUCUCCUUGUGGGAAAUCAACUGAUGAUAGGAAAGGUUCCUACUUCAAUAUUAAAUUCUACAUCAAUUAUGGAAUUUGGUAUCGAUGCUAAUAAUUUCACUGGACAAGUACCAGCCUUUGGAAACCAAAAGGAUUUGUACUGGCUUGGACUUGCUGAAAAUCAUUUUGGAAAUGGAAUGUUGGAUGAUUUGAAGUUUAUGUACUCCCUACAAAAUUGUACAAGUUUAGAGCAACAAUCUUGGAGGAGUACUGCCAAGAUAUAUAGGCAACAUGUCCAAUCUUUUGCGGCUUUCUGUAGGCGGAAAUCCAAGGAAACAUUCCCACAGAGAUUUUACAGCUUGAAAACCUGUGAGAUUCCACAUUCUCUUGGAAAUUUGACGAGGUUGAUUGAACUCGAUUUGGGAUCAAACAAGUUGCAAGGUACUGUGCCAUCAAAUCUUGGAAGCUGCAAGUUGUUAUCACUCUUGUAUCUGAAUGGAAAUCAACUUAGUGGUCCUAUACCGAAAGAACUAUUUGAGCUCUCUCUUAUAGAAUUUGACCUCUCAAACAACCACUUGACGGGGUAUUUUCCUGUUGGGAUUGGCUCUGGAAACUUGACUGGAUUGAUAAACUUGAUCUACAUGAACCAUUCAUACAACAAUUUAUCAGGUGAAAUACCAAGCAGCUUUGGCACUUUGACUAGUUUGAGGGAGCUAUACCUUGGUAACAAUACCCUUCAGGGAGCUAUUCCUGCAUCCUUAAGUUCUUUGAGAAGUCUUGAAUAUAUGGAUCUUUCUCAUAACCACUUUGCAGGGAGGAUCCCAAAGUUUCUGGAUGAACUUGUCUCCUUGAAGUUCUUAAAUUUGUCUUAUAAUGAUUUGGAGGGUGAGGUCCUUUGA